UUGUUGUUGUUGUUUUUUUUGUUUGUUUGUUUGGUUUUUCUUUUGGUUUUUUUUUUUGGCUGUUUUCCGCCACACACAACAAUUUUUCUAGCUGCAGAACUGUAGCUCUCUGAAAAAAUAUUUUGACGGAACAGAGAGCUACAGUUCCACCCUUAAUAAAAACCUUCGAUUUACGGCGCACAAAAAGCUGCGCACAAUUGAGGCCUGAUAUCGUUGUAUUCUUGUGUUGCUGUCUCAUAAAUUUAAUAUCAAAAAAUUCUUAACAUAUUUUCUUACUAUAGCUGUGUCCAAACAUACCUUCAAAUAUUCAUUAAAGCCCCAUACGACCCGAAAACUCCCAGCUUCAAAUAAUUUCGUUUGUUGACGUAGCCAUUUUAGAUUUUUUUAAAAACCGACCUUGACAUUGGAACCAUCAGAGUAUAUUUUUUUCCCCAAUAAUUAUAAAAUUGAAUUCUCUAAAUCAAUGGGAGUUUAAACAGGAAAAAUAUACAAAUUCAUGCCAUAUUAUGAUUACAUUUAAAAUUUAGUCGAUGUGUUUCCUGUUUAAAUGUGAAUCUCAGUUCUUUAUUUAACACUUCCGUGAUGCUAUUUUACAAGCUUUAUUCUCGUCUUGGCUUUUAAAAUUCUUGGUAUUUAAAUAAUUUUGAAUAGACAAGGAAUCUAUUUUGAAAGAGUUAUCUCCUUACACUAGGUCAGGGAUACGAGAUGGGUACUUUGAUGAAAAUACCUGAAAUCACAAGGGCCGUUGGAAAUGCCGUGAUUGUGGAUCCUCUAACCGCUGGGGGUGCACGUGAUCCAGCCGACCCACAAGACCACCGCUCCGAUGGUCAGAUAGGUGCAACUGUGACCAUCACCUGUCUCACCUCCAUUUGCUUCGUCCUCGUCGCAGUCUUUUGUCGUGAGCGCUCCGAAAAUGAAUUUGCAUUUAUCGCCUUUUUAGUGAUCAUAUUAGUAAUCGUUUUAAUCGCCAUAUUUGCUAUUCUAUGGAUAUCUGUUGUUGCUCAUCGUAAUACGGAUACCUGGUAUCGAUAUGAUACAAGAGAACAAAAAGACGGACUAAAAAUUGCCAUUACAUUCCUAUGGGUUUUCGGUAUGGCUUCUGUUGUUGGAGAGGCUUUAGAAAUGACGACAAACAUAAGUUGCUUAGAUUUUAAUCACAAGAUAAAUACCACCGGAUACAAGGUUAGAUGGUACUUGAUUUGCAGUAAUCUGACCACUAUUUUAUUCUGCUGUAUCCAGAUAACUUUCGUGAGUUACUUCAUUCAUUACAAUUUCGGAAAUUAUAUCUCCAUAAACUAUGGUUUGCUGAUCACGCUAAUGACGAAUGCUGUGUUGUGGUUCAUCUCUGAAGAGAAGAAAAUAGCAGAAUAUUACGAAAAAGAUUCCAACACACAUGUAAACAGGUCACAAGAUCCUUGCUUUUGGGGAUCAAAUAUUACAAGAUAUGUCGCGUCUAAUCUGAACCCUUACCUUUCACCAGCGAACAUCGAGUUCUUUUUGCUCUCCUCCGGAUUAAUCCUGGGAAUGAUGCCAAAACGUUCUGAAAGCAAUGCUCCACAGGAGGACGACCGGUGGUCGUCUGAUGAAAUGGUUCCAAUCCUACAUUCAUCAGAAAGACGAACAUCUGCAGACAGGAUCCACCAACAUCUCCACCCUGUUACUUACCUUAGUUUCAUUAUUGUAGUCAUUAUUGUCAAUCUAACACUUAUUACAGGCAAUGUGAUAUUCGUCUUUGUUCAACCAGAGAUGUUUUCUACGUGGAUAUCCAUUGACACAUGCUACAAAGUUAUCAUGACAAUAGUGAUAAUGCUCAUCUAUUAUCACAUCCAUAUUAUGGGUAACAUUGAGCCAGGAAAUUACUAUCUUAAGCCAGGCCAGUACAUACUUCUUAUCUCUACAACAGGCACUGUAGCCGUCUGUAUGUUCGGAAUGAUCGGGGGUAUCCGAAUCCUCCCAACACUUGCAGGAACUAUCUAUAUAGCAGGCAAUUGUUUGGACAUUUACGUGGCUUUCUCACAAACUACUUUGUUGAUACAUUUAGAAAGAGUUAACCGACUUCAAUUUAAAGGCAACCACAUUCCUACCGAAAUUCUCUGCUUUUUUAUGGCUUCCUGCAACAUCUCAUAUUGGAUAAUAGACAGUUUUGUUGAUGCCCGUUAUGCAGAGUCAAAAUACAUCAAGGGCCCGAUAUUUGAAAACUGGGAUCAUUUACAAAAGUUACUAGCACCAUUGUUAAUUUUUUACCGUUUCCACACAUUUCUUGAUUGGUACAUACUAUACUGUAAAUUCAAAAGAAUGCAUACUUUUUAUUAGGUAGUGUUACUAAGUAGACUAAAUAUCUCGUUCCCACAUACACGUCAUAAUCCAGAAAAUAAGUACAAGGGGCGGGUCUUUUUCACAUUGGUUUCCACCUCAGUAAUCGGGUAGCAACUUUACUUUAUGUUCUCUGUACAUAUAUUAUAAUUAUCAAUGGUGAAAGAUGCAUGAAGAUAGAUUAACUAUUAAUAAAAACGUCAAUUUCUUUACA